AGUCCGGCUGAAGGUCUUCUCCGCUACUCUCGCGAGAAACUGCGAAGUUUCCGGUGUUGUGUAUGUUCCUGGAAACAUGGCGGCCAGCUUCCGCGGCCGUCCUAUCCGGAGUCUUCGGAUACGAGGUCGGAAUGACAGCGGGGAGGAGAACGUACCGCUGGAUCUGACCAGAGAGCCGUCAGAGAACUUCCGAGAAAUCCUCCAAAACGUGGCCAAACAACAUGGAGUUAGCAACAUGCGAAAGCUGGGCCACCUGAACAACUUCAUCAAGCUGAUCUGCAACAUAGGCCACCGUGAGGAGAACUUUGGGUUUACGCACGAAGAAAUCAUAGUUUGUCUUCGACUAGCUUUGCUAAAUGAGGCCAAGGAAGUGCGUGCUGCGGGUUUGCGGGCCCUGCGCUACCUCAUUAGAGACACCAACGUUCUGCAAAAGGUCCUCAGACUGCAGGUUGAUUAUUUAAUUGCCAGAUGCAUCGACAUCCAGCAGAGCAAUGAAGUCGAGAGAACUCAGGCGCUGAGACUUGUCCGAAAGAUCAUUACCGUCAAUGCUAUGCUGUUCCCCACAUCCAUCGCUAACUCUCUCAUAGCCGUGGGCACUGAUGGACUACAGGAGAGAGACCGUAUGGUCCGAGCAGCGAUCGCCAUUAUAUGUGAACUAGCGCUGAAGAACCCAGAGGUGGUGGCCAAACGAGGAGGCCUCAGUACCAUCCUGAAGAAUGUCAUCGACUGUCAGCUGAGUCGCAUCAACGAAGCACUGAUCACCACCAUCCUCCACCUCCUCAACCAUCCACGCACCCGUCAGUACGUGCGGGUGGACGUGGAGCUGGAGCAAAUCCUCGCCCCCUUCACAGAUUUUCACUACAGGCACAACGCAGACACAGCUGAAGGACAACUCAAGGAGGACAAAGAGGCCCGGUUCUUGUCCAGCAGAAUGGCCAUAGUGGCAGCUUUUCGCUCCUGGUCUGGCAUCAUCAACCUAUGCAAGGCUGGAAAUUCUGGCAUCCAAUCGUUAAUUGGUUUACUUUGCAUACCAAAUAUGGAAGUGAGGAAAGGCCUGUUGGAGGUGCUGUAUGAGAUUUUCAGGCUGCCCGUGCCCAUCAUAACACAAGACUUCAUCGAAGCUCUUCUAAGUGUGGACCCUUCUAGGUUCCAGGACUCGUGGAGACUCUCUGACGGAUUCGUUGCUGCUGAGGCCAAAGUCAUUUUACCUCACCGGGCACGCUCCAGACCUGAUCUGAUGGACAACUACCUGGGGUUUGUGCUGUCGUCCUUCAUCAACAGUGGUCUGUUGGAGGGACUCGUUGAAGUGGUGACCAGUAGUGACGACCAACUCGCUGUGAGAGCCACCAUCCUGCUGGGGGAGCUUCUCCAUAUGGCCAACACCAUCCUCCCCCACUCCCACAGUCACCACCUGCACUGCCUUCCCACCCUCAUGAACUUGGCCGCGUCUUUUGACAUCCCCCAAGAGAAACGACUCCGUGCUAGCGCAGCUGUCAACAAUCUGAAGCGCUUCCACGAGAAGAAGAAGAAAGGUCUGAAACCACACAGUCUCUAUCUAGACCACAUCAUCCGCAAGUCGGUGUCCUCACCUAGCCGCAGGGAGUCGCACUCCCGCGCUCACAGGGACAUCUACGUUAUCAAAGACACAGAAGAAGCGCUGAUGACGAACCUGCGAGACAGUCAAAUCCUCAACCACAAACAGAACCUGGAGUGGAACUGGCUCCUCAUCGCCACCAUCCUUAAGUGGCCAAACGUAAACCUCAGAAACAACAAAGACGAACAAAUGCACAGGUUUGUGCGGAGGCUGCUGUACUUUUAUAAGCCCAGCAGUAAACUGUACGCAGGGCUAGCAUUGGAUCACGCCAAGGCAAGACAGCUGACCGUCGUCGGGUGUCAGUUUAUGGAGUUCCUCAUGGACUCGGAUGAGGACGGUCAAGGUUACCUGGAAGACCUGGUUAGGGACAUGGUGUCCUGGCUGUCCCUGUCCUCGGGACUGAAGCCGGAGCGCUCUCUGCAGAGUAACGGCCUGGUGGUCACCCUCAGCCAACACUACUUCCUCUUCCUGGGGACGCUCUCUGCUCACCCGCAGGGGGUCAAACUGCUGGAGAAAUGUGGCCUGUUUCAGUGCCUGCUGAGUCUCUGCUCUGUGAAGAACCAGGACGCCGUGCUCAAACUCGCCGUGACCACGUUGGACUACAGCAGAGAUGGACUGGCCAGAGUCAUCCUGUCUAAGAUCCUGACCGCUGCUACUGAUACGUGCAGACUGUACGCCACCAAACAUCUGCGCGUGCUGCUGCGUGCCGGCGUGGACUUCUUCAGCAGCUGGGGCAUGGAGCUGCUGGUCACACAGCUGCACGACCACAGCAAGGCCGUGUCCAUGGAGGCGCUGGACAUACUGGACGAGGCCUGUGAGGACAAGGCAAACCUUCACGCUCUCAUCCAGUUAAAACCAGCUCUGUCCCAUCUGGGAGACAAAGGCCUGCUGCUGCUUCUCAGGUUCCUGUCCAUCCCUAAAGGUUUCUCCUACCUCAACGAGAGAGGUUACGUCAGCAAGCAGCUGGACAAAUGGCAAAAGGAAUAUAACCUGAAGUACGUGGACCUGAUAGAGGAGCAGCUCAACGAAGCUCUGACCACCUACAGAAAACCCGUGGAUGGAGACAACUACGUCAGACGCAGCAACCAAAGGUUACAAAGGCCAAACGUCUACCUUCCUGUUCACUUGUAUGGUCAGCUGGUCCAUGACAAGACAGGCUGCCAUCUGCUGGAAGCCCAGAGCGUGGUGCCCGACCUCAGCUACACAGUUCGUUCCCCGAUGCUGGACACCUGGGAGGGCAUCAAGCAGCUGAAGGCGUCUCUCUGGGCACUGGCCAACAUCGGCUCCUCGAACUGGGGUCUGAACCUCUUGCAGGAGGAGAACGUCAUCCCCGACAUCAUCACCUUAGCACAGCACUGUGAGGUUCUGUCAGUACGAGGGACGUCGGUGUACGUGCUGGGCGUCAUAUCGAAGACCCGGCAGGGCUGCGAGGUGCUCAAACAUUACGGGUGGGAUGCCGUCCGACAUAGUCGCAGGACGCUGUGGCCCGUCACUCAGGACGAGGUUGAUGCCCAGCUGACAUCUGAACUCUCCUCCGUGCCGAGCACGCUCAGCCUGAACUCUGAGUCCACCGGCUCACGUCACAACAGCGAGAGCGAAUCGCAGCCCAACAUGUACAUCAUGGACGACGACAAGUGUGACGUUCUGGACCAAUCCGAUGAGUCCUCCAUCUAUCUGCACCCUAAACCUGUCAAAGACCGCAGCCCCUUCACCAUCCUGGCCUCCACGCGCUUCGUGCGCACCCGUUUCCUGAACUCGCUCUCUCUUCCCAGCAAAAAACUGCGAUCUACCAGUGACCCCAAGACGCCGUCCGGAUCCCACACCCCUACGGAUUUCAAGACCGGGAGCAUGAGGCGGAACAGGACGGUGACCGAACCCUCAAUUUACAGCACGACCCAGGGGGACGUCUUUACCCCCAUCUUCAAUGGCAGAGGCAUGCCCAAGAGUCCCACGGUCAGCGUGGAGACGUCUUUUGUCGGGAACCGGGGGAAUUCUGAGGAGCACCUUGUGGAUGGGCGACUGGUGAGGGGAGGGGGGUCCGGCUUUGCUCUGAGUGUCCUUGCAGGGCAGGGGCCUGUGGAACACCCCGGCCGGGAGAAGGAGCAGAGCGGCGGCCCCUCCUCCGGCGGCGGAGGGAGCGGAGGAGGCGUCACCGGCGGCAGUCAGUUCAAAAGCCGCAGCCAGAGCUUUAACACAGACACCACGACUAGUGGUAUCAGUUCCAUGAGCUCUAGUCCGUCUCGGGAAACGGUGGGGAACCCGGAGCACCCCGAGCCCGAACCGGAUUCCUCAGACUGCGUGAGCCUCAACACGGUGGUGUCGGCCAAGACUGUCAAAACCUUUUCUUCCCUCACGCCGCAGCCCCAGUCCAACUACAUGUCCAUGUCCAAGUCUUCCGCCGUCUUUUUGGUACCGCCCGGCUCCUCGCACACACUCCCCCGCCGGGCCCAAUCGCUCAAGUCCCCAUCGGUGACCACCAUCAAGAGCCUGGCGGACUGCAGCUUCAUGUACACCAGUCCCAGAGACGCCCUGGGCUACGCCACCCUGAAGAGGCUGCAGCAACAGAGGAUACACCCGUCUUUGUCCCACAGUGAGGCGCUAGCUUCACCGGCCAAAGACGUGCUCUUCACCGACACCAUCACUAUGAAGACCGGCAGCCUGGACUCCAGGUUAACACCUCGCAGGAUAUCGGACAGGAGGGGAACUUGUCCCGAGACCGGAGUCCCGAAUCCUUGCCGCAGGCUGUCCAGAACUUUCGGGCCGUGGUGCUCCCCCCGGCUCCUCUCACAUUCCUCUCCUCUUGCUCUGUCCAGGUUUCUCAAAGCGCUCAGCUUUGCCUCCCUGGACAAGGAGGAGCUCCUCAGUCCCAUCAACCAAAGCACGCUGCACCGCUGCUCCUCUGUGCGCUCCAUGGUCUCCAGCGCCACCUUUGGGUGCCAGGACGAUUACAUUGGCCUGGCGUUGCCCAUGGACAUCAACGACAUGUUCCACAUCAGAGACAUGUCCUACUUUCAGCAGAGGAUCAGUCCGCCAUCGGAGGAGCGGAAACGCUUCCUGUUUGGCGACGGAGACGGGGACCGUCCUGUUCCGGUCCUGAAGCAGCAGUUCAGCAUCACAGAGCUGAUCGCGUGCCGAGGCGAGGGUCAGAACCACAUGGUGGGCUCGGAGGAGACCGGACUGCAGGAACAUUGUGAAGAAAACUGCCUGUACUGUGUGGGGGCCUCUGUUCUGGGGUACCCCACUCAACCACAGCUGAACAGCACACACCCCCGGACGGACUACGUGGACUUUCCGUCCUGGGGGGGCCAGAGCGGCCAUCGUCUGGAGGUCAUGCCUCAGUCCAAGUUCUCGGGGGUGUCGGGCUGCAGCGACGCCGCGGUGUCGCAGGGUUCGAUCUGCAGCACACCCACACCGGCGGACAUCGUCAUUGACGGAAAAGCGAUAUCGGAGGACGGCCCCGCCUCCCGAGUGCUGCUGAGGAAGGAGGUCCUCCGACUUAUCAUCAAUCUCAGUUCCUCCGUGGGAACCAAAGGUCACGAAACAGGACUGCUGACGAUAAAGGAGAAGUUUUCUUACGCCUUUGAUGACAUCUGCCUGUACUCCGAGGUAUCACACCUCUUGGCCCACUGCAUGUUUCGCUUGACGUCCAGGCGUUUCAUACAGGAGCUCUUCCAGGACGUGCAAUUCAUGCCAAUGUACGAGGAAGCAGAGGCGAUCUUGACGAAGCCACCAAAACAUGUCCAGGAGGAUGCUGACCCGGUGACCGAGUCCUGAUCCCUCCCUUACCCGCCUCCCCGCCUCUCCUUCCUCCCUCCCUCGGUUUAGUGAUCUUUGCACAGCCCUUCUCCUGCCUCCCCUACGACCACAGAACAACCGCUAAGACUAAGCGCUUCCGUUUGGUCCAAACGGAGACCCGUGAAGAUCCGGUCGCUGCUCGACUCCCCCCCCUACAGGCAGGACAAAGGAACUCCAGCGUCUGUAACCCAAACACGCCUAAUGCUGUCUGAGACUUUUUUUUUUAUUUUCUAACCAGGAACACGGGAGAGCACUUAACCAAAUACUGUGGUCGGACUGAUUUGUUCUUCUUCGUCAGUAUAAAUCGGAUCCCGGAAACAAAGACGGGGGUUUGAAAAAAAGAAAAAAGAAGUUGGAUCAAAGUUCUGUCCUUUUCUGUCAUGAUGAGAAUACAGCAUGUUGUCGCGUCGCCGCAGCAAUUCCUCGAACCUCUCCAAUGACGAACACUAAUGAGGAAUCCUGCUGUUCAGAAACAAAACAACAACAACAAAAAUAAUCAAGAAUUCUUGGAACAGGGAGGUUCCACGAAUUCUUGAUUAUUUUUCCCUGACCUGCGACCCGAUUAGUGCUUCUGCUUCUCCUGCUUCUCGGCCACUUCCUUUUUGUAUUUCCUGUAUCUCUGACAAUCAGACAUCACUUCUGUUUGACUCCGCCCCCGACCCCUCUUACCCCGACCCCCGAAGCACGGCAACACACACUGAGUACGUGAGAUUAGCAUGACCUCAUCCUCUACCUUUUCUGGACCUUUGCUUUGUCCCCCAGCCACCGCUUUGAUAUAAAUGAGUGAUGCGGGGGAGCGGAGGCGGGAGGGCCGCGGGGGGGCCCUCGUCCAUGACUUCCUUUCCACCCGUAGUACUACUAGUCCCCUGGUGGACUUUUGGAGGCGCCGGACUCCGCCUUCUCACCCACGCGCUUCGCCCUCUGCCGCAUGCACGACCUAGCAUGUCAAAUGUGGAACAUCGCCCCCGGCGCGUUUCCCUUCCGUCUCUUGGACUUGCGAACCCCCCCCCCCAAUGCAAUAUCACUGUCAGUCUGUGGGUGGCGUGGUGGACAGAGAGAGAGAGAGCUAGAGCGUGGAUUCCCAGGGAAACGCUCGUUUCCAUCGGCUUGUAUUUUUUUUUUAUUUUGUUUUUUUUUUGCUCUAAUGCUGCUACGAAAAAAAAAAGACUCAGAGAGAGGGUUUAUAGAUCAGCUGAGUGAUGAUGUCAGAGCAGAUCUAUUUAUUAUGUCUGUACCAUAGAGUGAGCUCGACCAGAGAAGAAAAAAAGGUUAUUUAUAUUUUUUCCUCGAGACUGUAUUAUAAUUUAAUUUGGGUUUUUUUUGGUUUUUUUGUUGUUGUUUUUUUUCUUUUCUGCCUGAAUCGUGUUUUCCCUUGUUAAUGUGUACAGUAUGUUUUCCGGGCGUCGACCCAGAGAAACGUACAAUCCUAUCAAAAGGGAUACAUUGUUAAUAAAACUAAAUUUGAAAACCAA